AACACUACCGCGCGUGCUGGGAAAAACGUGCGCGUUAAAUCGUCGCAUUUUUCGUAGAUAAUUCUUAAUUCCCGCCUCUGAAUCCGACUCCCCCAACAUGUGGCCGCGAUUUGGCAUCAAGAUUGGCAACAGCACGCUCUGCAUCGCCCACGUGCGCGCGGACGGCAAGGCGGAGGUGAUCGCCAACAAGCAGGGCGACCGGGUGUCCCAGGCGUGCCUCCUCUGGGACGGCGUCUCGGAGAUCGAGUGCGGGCUCACCGCAAAGCAGAAGAUGGCCACGCGACCGCGCCAGGCGGUGGCCCACAGCUUCCAGCUGCUGCAGCCCAGGGAGCAGAUCACCGAGGAGAAGUUGGCCAGUGCGCUGCGCGAGAUUCCCUGCGCGUUUGACAAGGAGGAGCUGGUGUUCCGCAUGGAGCACACGGUGCCCUCCGAGAAGGAGGACCAAGACGAUAGGGUGGUCACCAAGGACCUCAGUGCCUACCAGGUGACGGUGGAGCUGCUGCGGGCCGAACUGGAGCUGGCCCAUCAGUACCACACGGACGGGGAGCAGGCGCCCAUUGCGGUGCUCUCCAUACCCAGCUACUAUCCCGCCCCGGCCUACAAACUGCUAGCGGAAGCGGCCCAAGCAGCCGGCUUCCACGUGGCCCAGAUCAUCGCCGAGCCCACGGCCGCCGUUCUGGGCUAUGGGAUUGGUGAGGCGGAGGAUCAGGCGGAGCAGCGCCGCCAUGUGCUGACCAUCAAGUGCGGCGGCCUGUACAGCGACAUUGCCUUCUAUGCCGUCCAGAAUGGUCUGCUCGUCCAGCUGGCCACCUUUGGGCCCUUCGCCAUCGGUGGCCGCCAGUUUACCGAGGCCCUGGUACAGUUCAUCUGCGACGAGUUCCGCCGCAAGUACAAGCUGGAUCCGCACGAGUCGCGUCGCUCGCUGGCCAAAAUCCGCACCGCCGCCGCCAAUUGCAAACACAUCCUGACCACGAUGCCCUCCACGCAGCUGUAUAUCGACUCGCUGAUGGACGGCGUGGACUUCAAUGCCCAGAUGUCGCGCGCCCGCUUCGAGAGUCUCAUCCAGCCGGUGAUUAAUAGCCUCAUCCAGCAGCUGGGCGAGUGCGUGGAGCAGGCGAAGCGGGAGCAUCCCUCCCUGAGCAGCAUCGAUGACAUUGUGCUGCUGGGCGCCACCAUGCAGAUACCCAAACUUCAGGCGGCCGUGGGCGCACGCUUUCCGGACGCCAAGCUGCACAACAGCCAUUCGGCGGAUGAGGUGGUGUCCAUUGGUUGCGCACGCCAAGCCGUCUGCCUGAUUGAUCCCCUCGAGCAGCAGCUGAACAAGGAGGAUGAUUGUGUGGUCUCGGAGGACGAUCUGUACAUCUGGCACGGCAACGAUGAGGCCAACGCCAAGUUGGUUCUGGGCAGGGGCAGUGUGCUGCCCGCCAAGAUCAGGAUAUCCCUGCCGCAGUCGGAGGAGGAGGGAAAAGCAGAGGCUUCCUUUAAGCUGCGCACCGGGGAGAGCGAGAUACUGGCCCGCCUGCCCGACGACAGCACGACGCCGGAGGAUGGGCUCUAUCAGCUGGAGGUCGAGGUGGACCUCGACGAUAAGGAAGGCAACUUGGUGCCGCUGGUGCGACUGCGCUGCAUGUGAGAGGCCGGAUUUUUGAGCCGGAACCGGUGCGCCGUCGCCUAGUCUAUUUAUUGUUGCUAGCCUAAUGAUAUACCGAUA